GAGACUAUCGGCGGGGAAAAUAGGUUGUUGAAGGAAUUCUAUUUGAAUUGAAGGCACUGCUGUUUAACUUUCUCUCAGGUUUUCCAGCUUCUUGUCCCCAGGGUGUGCCAGAGUGCGGUGGGGGCGCUGCGUCGCCUCGGCGCCUCCCCGCGCACGGCAGCUCCGCCGCCGGCCCCUUCCCUUGAGGGACCAGGCGGCGGCCGGGCAGAAGGGACUUCCCUCUCUCUCUCCUUCGGAUCCCAUUCCCUCUAAGCCACCGCUUAGCCACAGAGGCCCGUCUUCCCGUCUCCGGACACGCCGCCCCUCGGCCUCCUCGCCGCGGUGCAGGGCCGGGCAGGCUGCUGGCUCCAGCCUGGCUGCCCGGCGGGGAGGCCGAGCACACGCGGGGUGCAGUUUCCCGAGAAAAGCAGGGCGGUGCGGCCUCCCGUCAUGGCAGAGCCGGAGGAUAAAGGCCCCGGGGCCGCGGGUCCCCGCCAGUCCGUGUCCCUGCUGUGCUGUCACGCCGCUUUUUUCCACCUGGGUUGGCGUUCCCCGCACCAAGCUCCCCCCGGCGUCCGGAGCAGCGCGCUGGUUGCCUGGGAGGAGCCGCUGCUACAGGCUGCAGGGCUGUGCACAGGGUACAGAGCCGAGUACAGGCUGCAGGGCCGUGUACAAGGCGCAGAGCCGAGUACAGGCUGCAGGGCUGUGCACAGGGCACAGAGCCGAGUACAGGCUGCUACAGGCUGCAGGGCUGUGCACAGGGCACAGAGCCGAGUACAGGCUGCAGGGCUGUGCACAGGGCACAGAGCCGAGUACAGGCUGCAGGGCUGUGCACAGGGUACAGAGCCGAGUACAGGCUGCUACAGGCUGCAGGGCUGUGCACAGGGUACAGAGCCGAGUACAGGCUGCUACAGGCUGCAGGGCUGUGCACAGGGUACAGAGCCGAGUACAGGCUGCUACAGGCUGCAGGGCUGUGCACAGGGUACAGAGCCGAGUACAGGCUGCUACAGGCUGCAGGGCUGUGCACAGGGCGCAGAGCCGUGUCCGGGCUGCCGAGCCGAGCACAGGCUGCAGCGCUGUGCGCAGCCCCGGCGAGCCGCGGUCGCUCCCCGGGAGGUGUGCCCGUGUGCCCGGCGUGGGCGGUGUCAGGGCCAAGGGGUUCCCGGGCAGGAGCCUCUCCCGAGCAGACAGGUGCAGGCGGUCGGGCUGCGCAGGGCUCACGGAGCCGCCAGCAUGACUAGUCCUGGCACAAAGGCGUCGUGGCUCUCGCAGCCGACCGUGAAGAGCGUGCUGGUGUAUCGCAACGGGGACCCUUUCUUCCCGGGGCGUCGCAUUGUCAUCCACGAGAAGAAAGUGUCCAACUUUGAUGUGUUCCUGAAAGAGGUGACUGGCGGGGUGCAGGCGCCCUUUGGAGCUGUGCGAAACAUCUAUACACCCCGGGGUGGGCAUCGUGUCCGACAGCUGGAGGAGCUUCAGAGUGGGGAGCAGUACGUGGCUGGUGGCAGGGAGGCCUUCAAGAAGCUCAAUUAUUUGGACAUUGGAGAAACAAAGAAAAAACCUGUUGAAGUCAAUAAUGAGGUCAAGCCAGUUACUCACAGUAGGAUCACUGCAUCAGCCCGGUUUCGGAAGCCUCUCCAGGAGCCCUACACUAUUUUUCUGAUUGCUAAUGGAGACAUUAUUAGUCCUGCAGUGCGCCUCCUCAUUCCCAGGAAAACACUGAAUCACUGGGAUCAUAUUCUUGAAAUGGUUACAGGAAAAGUUACCCUCAGGAGUGGAGCUGUUCACAGACUCUACACUGUGGAUGGAAAACUUGUUCAGAAUGGGUCAGACUUGGAGAAUGGGCAAAUUUAUGUUGCGGUGGGUAGAGAAAAGUUUAAGAAAUUGCCAUAUGGUGAUCUGCUGUCCAAAUCUACAACAAGGAGGCCACAGGGUUCCAAAACCUCUGUACAACCUCCGACUGUGGGAUCUCAAAAGUCUAAAGGCAGUGGAAAUGAUGGGCAAUCUAAAUCUACCAUUGGAUCCAGUGACCAGGGAGAAAACAGUUCCUCACCUCAGCUUCCCAAAAGGAAAGACAAAAAAACCCAGAAGCCAGAGAAUUCUGUGUCCGGACAACACUUUUCUAACCACUCUACAAAAGUAAAACAGACAGUAAAAGCUUCCACAGGAGUCCUUCAAGAUAAUGAUGAAGAUAUUUACAAAGCCAGAAAAGAGGAGUCUGAAAUGUGGGAGGCAGUUGAAGUGCAGGAAGAUGAAGAUACUCUUGUGGAAGUUCCACUGGACCAGAGACCAGCAGAAACUGUAGAUGAAGAAGAGAAUGUAGAAGAGGAAAAUGACAGGGGAGAGGAGGCAUAUAAAGGAGAGGAAAAAUAUCCAGAAUUGAAUGGAGAGGAAACUGUGGAAACUGAUAAAGAAACAACUGAAGUGGAAGAAAACAAAAAGAAAUUAAAUGAAAAUUAUGAAGAUGAAACAAGAGAAACACAGAAUGUUGACCAAGCAGAGGAAAAGGAACUUAUCCAUUUAAAUGGCAAAAACAGUGAAGGAAAUGGUGAGGGAAUGGAGCAUUUGAACUACCAAGGUGAUCUUCAGCCUGAAGAAGAAAUAAAAGAGGAUGCUGGCAGUCAGAACCAGGUUGAUCCUGGUCUUGAAAAUACAUCCACAAAUCCAAGGGUGACAGUCACCAGCCCACAGGAGAGUGAAAAGAAUGACCAGAGCACUGACUGUGCGGCAGUUGCAUAAACAGGAAAAAUGUAAUGAGCAGAAAAUGAAAAAGGAUAACAUUUUAAAGCAUGUUAUUUUUUGUGAUUGGUAACUUAUAUUAGGAAGGCAGGUUGAGUAUCCAUGUAAUGAGUUGUGAGAUGAUGAUGCUCUAUGGACUGAUGAAAAACAAGCAUUCAUAUCUACGAGAAGAACAUAGAAUUAUUUUUACACAGUGAGAAUUUCUGAUAAGAUUUGAGAGGGGAAGUUCAAGAGUACUAUAUAAUAGUAUUAGAAAAAAAAAUGAACUGUUCUGUGGUAUGAGAUAUUUAGUAGCAAUAGAAUAACCACAAAAAUUACACUGUUCCAUGGAAAGGAAAAGAGAUCCACCCAGAUUCAAUGUCAAUACUUCUUUGUUGAUUUGUUCAGGAAAAGAAACUAUUUUUUACCCUUUAACUAGGACAUGUGUAGUUUUUCCUCUAAAAUUCCACAUGAUAGUUAUAAUUUUCAGGUAUAACAUCAAGAUAUAACUAGAAUAUGUUCCUCACUUAAAUGGAUUAAUGCCCACGGAAAAUGGUUUACUAUAAUGAGGAGCCAGUUCAAUGUUGCUAAAUAGUCCCUUUUCAGUAUAUUAAUUAGAAUUAUUAGGUUUUGCAUACAUAAACAGCAUUUAUUUAGCACUAUGAAAACAUGUGGACAGCCCACAAUACUGCAGCUUGCUUCCAUUUAAAACAGAAAAUUUUGCUGUUUGUCCUGCACUGAUUCACUAAAUGGUGAAUUAUUUUCAUUGUGAACAAAAAACAAAGGAAGAGUAUGCAGUAGAUUAGUUUUAAAAGUUGAAUUUGGAUGGAUUUGUCAUUCAGUCUAAGAGAAACUUAAUUUAUUAAGGAAGUAAAAAAAAGAACAUGCAAUUCAGGAUUCAGACUGAAAUUUCCAUGAAACCAUUGCUGCUGAUGGAACCAUUUUAAUAUGUGAGACAUCAGGAUGAGUCCACCAGCUUUCUGUAAAAGUCAGGAACAAUUAUUGCAUUUAUGAACCCUUUGCAUAGCCUUAAUGGUUGGAAGUGUGUCAUCAUCCUUUUGAGCAAGCUGUCUCCUGAUAGGCUGUGGCUUAAUAUGCAUUAGCAAACAAGGCAUUGAUCCACAGUAUUAGUUCUCUUAAUGACACUGAUUCCAUUGCUCUUAUCAUUUCUCUGUUAGUAAUGGGAAUAAUUUGUAGUUUGUUGAAAUACAGGCCUGAGCAUAAUUUUAUUAAUUAUACAAAAGAAAUAGUGGGUUUCCUUAUCGUUAAUGCUAGUAAAUUAUUACUACAAGAAACUUAAUGUCAUUUUUGUUGAUUUCAUGCCAUUAAGACAAGAAUUACAUUUAUGAACAAAUUGAACUUGAAGCGCUGUUUAAGGAAUGUGAAGAACCACUUGUCAUAACUGAAGCUCAAACAUCUUCCCUUCUUCUACUGGUUAUUAAGUAUAUUUUUCCAAUGUAAUAGAAAUAUAUGGAGAUCCUUCAGCAUAUUUCUGUGCUUUGGCAAUGUAAGUAUGAAAAACAUGUUAAAAAACAUAUGAACAGGGUUAGAACAGUUUGCCCUGUGGCAUCUCUGAAUUGUCUGUGAAACCUUCUGUCUACGAAACCUGUAGCUUCUGUUGAGCUGUCUGACAAAGACCAAAGGGAAUGGUACAUUUGUGAUCAGUUCAAAAUAAGCUACUAAUUUAGUCAAGUUCUUAAGCAAAGUGUACAGCUUCCUUUUUUUGUGAUGGCAGUUAAGCCUAAGCUCAAAUAUAUUUAAUUUCUCUGGGAUUUAAGAAGACAUUUAUAGUUAAGCAGAAGUAAAAACUGACCAACUCUUCCCCUGACAAGAAAACCCAAACCAAAACCAAAACAAACAAACAAACCAAAAAAACCCACCAACCUACCCUGAAACAGAAUGGAUAAAAAUAACUGUGGGUGAUAGUGAGGUAAAAUGGCACAGCUGCCUUUAUUGUUGGUUUCUGUUUAUAGUUUCUGAGUGUCAGCAGUUUCUGUCAAUUCUUUCCUUUCCCCAAAAGUUUGGUAUUUUUCAUCCUUAAGAGACUUACAGAUUUCAAUAAGAAUAACUUAAAGGAUUAAACUAAAUUCUAGGGAAAUGUAAUGUUAUCAUUUUCCUUCAUAGGAACAUGAAAUUCCCGUGAGUGUUACUCAACUUUGAAAAUGUUUCUGCCUCUGUUCUCUUGUAAGAAAAACAGGAUAUAUUUCUUCAGAAAAGCAAAACAGACUGUUUGGAAAUUGAGAUAUAACCAUUUUAUCAUUCACCUAGCAACACUGACAAUAUGAAUUUUGUAUCAGGUUAUUUUAUUUAGGGAAACUAGUUUAUGCCUAACAAAUAAUUCUAGUAGAAAUUAAACAAGAAUGAUACAGGUGGUCUUGCUAAUAGCUUUUCUGUCUUGAUCUGCUGUGUGUGAUGGCUUAACUCAUUUUUACCUGACAAAUACAUAGUUUUCUAAAGUUUAUGUGAUAUUAUUUUAUUAAGCUUAUGUGCAACAAUUCUGAGGGUUUUUUUAAGAAUUGUUUUCUUGUUUUGUUUUUGUUUUUAAAAAUAAUUUGCUAUUAAAGAGAACUAGUACAGCUA